ACGCCCAGCUCUCUCCUGCCAUACCAGGAGGGAGGCUGGCCGGUGGGAGAAACUUACUAAUUAAUUACGAGCGGGCAGAUGCCCCUUUAAGGUCUGCUCCGCUCUCCGGAGGCUGGAGCCGGAGGCUUAGAGGGGGGCAGGUUUGGCUUUAUUUGUACAUCUUAGCACGGGGCGAGCUCCAUGCGGGGGGUUUCCAAGGCUCGGAGGUCUUGGGGGGUGGGUGGGAGGAAGGCGGCGCGCGGUGGGGGGGAGGAGAGGCGAAAUUCCUCUUGAUGCGAAGAAAAAACGUAAAGAGCGAAUAACAAACAGGAAAUGCCUGACUCGGCUGCGAGGCGGGCGGGAGGCGCAGAGCGCCCGGCUCCCUCCACUCGCCCUGCAGGCACUGCCGGCGGCCGGACCGCUCCCGCCGCCCCCGCCCCGGCCCCGGGCUCCCGGCCCCCGGCUCCAGGCAUGGCCGCCUCCUGCUGGAUGCUGACAGCUCUCCUUCAUCUCGUUGUCUCUUCCAAUGUUGAUGUGAAAAAUUCAAUGACCUUCAGUGGGCCUCUGGAAGACAUGUUUGGGUACACAGUUCAACAGUAUGAAAAUGAGGAAGGAAAAUGGGUACUUAUUGGUUCUCCAUUAGUUGGCCAGCCUGAGAAAAGAACAGGAGAUGUAUACAAAUGCCCUGUAGGAAAGGACAACCAGUCGCCCUGCAUAAAACUGAAUUUACCAGCUUCUACUUCAGUUCCUAACGUCAUGGAAGUAAAAGAAAACAUGACUCUUGGAACAACCUUAGUGACUAACCCAAAAGGCGGCUUUCUGGCUUGUGGACCACUCUAUGCUUAUAAAUGUGGGCGUUUACAUUAUACAACUGGAGUUUGCUCCAACGUCAGCUCCACUUUUGAAACUGUGGAGGCGAUUGCACCGUCUGUGCAAGAGUGUAAAACCCAGUUGGACAUCGUCAUAGUCCUUGAUGGGUCCAACAGCAUUUAUCCAUGGGAGAGUGUCACAGCUUUCCUAAAUAGUCUCCUGAAAAACAUGGAUAUAGGUCCUCAGCAAACACAGGUUGGAAUUGUUCAGUAUGGACAGACUGUAGUCCACGAAUUUUACCUGAAUACCUACUCAACAACAGAAGAAGUGAUGGCUGCAGCCACAAGAAUACGCCAGAGAGGUGGCACACAAACUAUGACAGCCCUUGGAAUAGAUACAGCAAGGGAAGAGGCUUUUACUGAGGCUCAUGGUGCACGAAGAGGAGUACAAAAAGUAAUGGUUAUUGUGACUGAUGGGGAAUCACAUGAUAACUACAGAUUGAAAGAAGUGAUUGAUAGUUGUGAAGAUGAAAACAUUCAAAGAUUUGCUAUUGCUAUUCUUGGCAGCUACAGCAGAGGAAAUUUAAGUACUGAGAAAUUUGUAGAGGAAAUAAAAUCAAUUGCCAGUAAGCCUACCGAGAAGCAUUUCUUCAAUGUCUCUGAUGAAUUGGCUCUUCUGACUAUUGUUGAAGCACUUGGAGAGAGAAUAUUUGCCCUGGAAGCAACAAAAGACCAGCAAGCAGCCUCAUUUGAAAUGGAAAUGUCUCAAGCUGGUUUCAGUGCUCAUUAUUCUCAGGAUUGGAUCAUGCUUGGGGCAGUCGGAGCAUAUGACUGGAACGGUACAGUGCUCAUGGUGAAGGACAGUGGUAUUUCAAUACCAACUAAUGACACCUUUCGUGACAGAUUUUCAGAAAAAAAUGAACCUCUUGCAGCCUAUCUAGGCUAUACUGUGAAUUCAGCAUUGACACCUGGAGGUGUGCUGUAUAUAACAGGACAGCCACGAUACAAUCACACUGGCCAAGUUAUCAUUUAUAAAAUGGAGGGAAAAGAGGUGCAAGUACUUCAGAGGCUAAAAGGAGAACAAAUUGGCUCAUACUUUGGAGGUGUUAUUACCACAGUUGACAUCAACAGAGACUCUUUUACAGACCUUCUUCUUGUUGGAGCUCCUAUGUAUAUGGGAACUGAAAAAGAGGAGCAGGGGAAAGUGUAUGUGUAUGCUCUGAACAAGACAAAGUUUGAAUAUCAGAUGAGUCUCGAACCUGUAAAGCAAACAUGCUGUUCGCCGUUAAAACAUGACACCUGCAAAGUUCUUAAGAAUGAGCCCUGUGGUGCACGCUUCGGGACUGCGAUUGCUGCAGUGAAGGACCUCAAUCUUGAUGGGUAUAAUGACAUUGUAAUAGGAUCUCCCUUAGAGGAUGAUCAUCGGGGAGCUGUUUAUAUUUAUCAUGGCCGUGGCAACACAAUCAAUAAAAAAUAUACACAGCGUAUUGCAUCAGGUGGAGAUGGGGAGACAGUGAAAUUUUUUGGCCAGUCCGUGCAUGGAGAAAUGGAUUUAAACGAUGAUGGGCUGAUUGAUGUCACUAUUGGAGGCCUUGGUGGGGCUGCCCUCUUCUGGUCUCGUGAUGUGGCUGAAGUAAAUGUUUCCAUGCAGUUUAUACCCAAAAGCAUCAAUAUCCAACAGCAAAAUUGUCAGAUAAAUAAAAGAAAAACAAUAUGUAUAAACGCCACAAUUUGUUUUAAAACCAGACUAAAAUCAAAGGAAGAUAUAUUUGAAUCAAAUCUGCAGUAUUGGGUUACUCUUGACUCACAAAGACAAAUAUCUCGAAGCUUGUUCACAGAAACCCAUGAGAGGAAAAUGCAAAAAAAUAUAACUAUCAAAGGGUCAGAAUGUAUUAAACAUAACUUCUACAUGUUGGAUAAACCUGAUUUUCAGGACUCUGUAAAGGUUUUGCUGGAGUUCAAUUUUUCUGAUCCAGAGAGUGGACCUGUUCUUGACAGCAAUCUGCCAAAUUCAAUAUCUGAAUAUAUUCCUUUCACAAAAGAUUGUGGAGCCAAAAAUAAAUGCAUUUCAGAUCUUGUUCUGAAUGUAAAAGCAAGCAUAGCUGGAGACAGCUCUUCUCCAUUCAUUGUAAAGUCACGCAAUGAUAAGUUCACCAUCCAGCUCUCUAUCAAGAAUAAAAAAGACAGUGCCUAUAAUACCAGAGCUUUGGUCCAGUACUCUCCAAAUAUUAUUUUUGCUGGCAUUGAGGAUAUACAGAAAGAUAGUUGUGAAUCUAAUCACAAUAUCACCUGUAAAGUGGGAUAUCCAUUUCUAAAAACUGCAGAAGAGAUUUCCUUCAAAAUAUCAUUCCAAUUCAACGCAUCAUAUCUUCUGGAAAACGCCACUGUUGAUGUAUAUGCAACAAGUGACAGCGAAGAACCACCUGAGACCUUGGGUGACAACAGAGGACAAGUUACAAUUCCAGUAAAAUAUGAAGUAGGAUUAAUAUUUGUAAGUGUUUUCAAAGAACACCAUGUUAUAAUUGCUGCAAAUGAUACCAUCCCUACUGCUAUUAACACAACAGAGCAGAUUGGGGAUGAAGUUACUCUGCAUUAUAGGAUUGAAAAAGGUGAACACUUUCCAAUGCCAAACCUUACGCUGCAAAUCCUAUUUCCCGAUGUAACAUCUUCUAAGAACACUCUUCUCUACCUUACUGCGUUGUCACAUUCCCAAAAUGCCAUCUGCCGAACUAGUUACCCUGUAGAUCCCUUAAAAAUCAGCUCUGGAAAACCGUUUGUGUUGCCAAAAAUAAAAGAACCUACAAAGGAUACAAUUAUGGACUGUGAUACAUACAGCUGUGCGUCUAUUAACUGUGCCCUGCUCCCAUCUGACAUAUCACAAGUGAAUGUUUCAUUAAGAGUGUGGAAGCCUACCAUCAUUAAAGCAACUAUUCACAGCUUAACCCUUGUUGUGAAAGCCUUACUUAGGAGUGAAAACUCAUCACUGAUUUUGAGAAAUGACCACCAAAAACUAGAGACCAUGAUUAAGAUUUCCAAAGAACUCCCACCUGGUUCAGUCCCCCUAUGGGUUAUCCUCCUGAGUAUCUUCGCUGGACUCUUGAUUCUUGCACUGCUUAUAUUUGCUUUGUGGAAGGCUGGAUUUUUCAAGAGACCACUAAAGAAGAAAAUGGAAAAAUGAAAAAAAAAAAAAAAAAGAUUUCUUCAGGUCUGCCUCAAAAAUGUGACUGUAAAAUUAAAAACUUAGAUAUAUAUGCAGUGGCUACAAUGUUUUCUAAACUCUGGUGCAUUUAAAAGACAGCAGAACAUCAAGCAAGAAAAUCAACGGCACAGGUGAAUGAUGCAAAGAAAGAAUAAACAGCCUUAUGUCAUUUUGUGAUACUCAAGGACAUACUUUCACGUGUUACUCAUUUUUGGAGACUAACUGAGUUCAAAGAUUCUAAGUUUUUUAAUGCGAAAAAUGCCUAAUCAUAUUUUUAUAUGCCUAUACAUGUGGAAUCCUUUUUCAUCCCACAUUAUGCAACAAGUCAGUUUGUAUGUAGCAGUCCCACUGUUUUUAUCAACUUACGAUUUUCAAAGGGAAAAAGUGUUAUAUUCAAAAUUUCCUCCCUUUUAUGGGCUGUCAGUUCACAAAGCAGAACGUUCAAACUUCGAGAAUGCACCAAAUAUGGCAACUGAGGUAAUGAAAAUUCAGAAGAUAGAAGCACCUGCAGAGCCUUGGGUGAAAAUCACUGAAAUUCCUUGGACUUCUCUUUCAACUAUUUUAGUAUGUCCAGCUGAACCCAGGAUACUCCAAGAAAGAAAUUUUUAUUGUCAAGAGGACCAGUAAAGAUAGAUCCAUUAAAUCAUGUAACUGUUUGAACAUCAAACAGACUUUUGGCAGACCUAGAAAUGUAUGCACAGAACAUUCAAGCCCAACUAAUUGCACAGUGUACUCAAAUAAGCAGAGGCACAAUUGUGUCUGCAGAUAGAAAUGUCCAUAUUUAUGCAGAAAAUGUUUAGAGGUACCCUGAAAGUUUGACUCUUGCUGUAUAUCUUGGAGUAGCCAGGAGGGUGCUUCAUAAACUGUCACUGUACAUUUGUUGUGUAGCUAUUUAAUCCAAUGAGUUUAAUGUGUACAAAAUAAUAAUUAACAAAAGAGCACAGAUAAACUUAGCACUGGCAAGCUUCUUCUAGUAGUGUAAGUCGCACCUCAUUUUUGUUACUUAUGAGUUUAAAAAGGAAUGAAGAAUUUUCUAUACUAAAUAAGCACUUAACAAAUGAUGUUUAUUUUGUGUCAAGGAUUAAAAGUUUAUAUAAGAAUACACUGAACUGUAGAUAACAAAAGACUUCUUUAAACUUCUUUAGACUAUUCAGCUUAACAGGAAACUUCCUCCUUUCUUCUUUCACACACUUGUUUUCCUUCUACAAGUAUUUAUCUCUGCAGCUCUUGGCUAUACGUUGUCUGUAAGAGCUUCCUACUUUACUUGCAGCCACACAAAACUAAGUAGAAAAUGGAGGCCUGCAGGCAAAGUGCGAUGUUGUCUCAGCAUGGUAUUACUCAAUAUCGAUUGCCAAUAUAUCAGAAAAUGUUGAAGAGCACUUCUGUAAGAUGUCCUCAUUUGCGGAAAUGCCUUUGCCUUGCCAAGGAAACCAGGAUAAUUUGUUCCUCUUGUUGGUACAAAUUUCACUGGAAUGAAAAAAAAAUCAUUGCAGUUUUCAAAAGGUUUUAUUUUAUCAGAUACGCUCUACUGACUUUAUAGUAACAGCUUAAAAAGCAAUAAUAUAUUUUAUAAAGAUUUUUUUUUCUUUUAAUACAUUUAAUGAAGAGUUUCUUCUUCUUUAAGAAGAGACCAUAGUUUGGGUUGAACAUGCUGGCAAGUACAACUCUGGAAAUGUGCCAGAAGGUGCUUCAUUGUUUAAAAGAUGCUGUCACUCUUAAGUACCUUCUAUUUAGUUCCUAAAUUAGAGAGUAGUUAUUGAGAAAGGCUGAGAUUUAUGUUAAUGCAGCAAGUAGGAUUACAUUUGAAAGUGUUUGUAAUUUCUUCUUCUGCCUGUGGGAAAGGUGAUUGUUUCAUAACAAAUGUUCUGCUGAAAGCAGCAAGACUCAGAGGAGAAGGCAAAGCACUCUGCAGGAGCACUGUGAGGAGCCUGGGAGAGCCACAGAGUCAGUGGGCUUGCUUGCUGGGCUCAUCUGCGUGCCUGCAAGCAUGCCUGACCCCAGGGGAUACAAGAUAUGCUGCCCUGGUUCUGAGCACAGAGUAAAAACUUGAGUGGAAGCAAAAAAGGAGGCAGAAGAGUUGUGGGUAGGAUCCUUGCUUCAUAUAUCACGUGAUUUAAACUGUCCUCAGAGGAAUGCAAAAAUCCAGCUGUUGAACAAAGAUGAUAAAUUCAUAUUUGUAAAGGUGUUUUCAGUCAGUGUGAGAUGCAAGUUUUAUUUUUUUAUCUUUUAAGUAUGAUUUUGCCAACUUAUUUGAAAGAAUUAAAUGGCAAUUGUCAGCACAAAAUCUGAAUGUCUUAGAAUUAUGUGUGUUUAUUUUUGGAUUUUGUUUUGUUUUUUGUUUUUUGUUUUUUUUUUUCCUUAUAGUAUCUCUGUAAAGACAUAACAAUGCUAUUAUCCUAAUAUGGUUUUGUGAAGGAACAAUUAUGAAAAAGUUGUGACUCACCUAUGCACACAUACAGUCUAUGGUAGUAAAGGAAAUACUUGUAUUUAUUAUUAUUCACCCGGUUUGUUAACCAUUAGGUCAUUUUUCCUGGCUUCAUAAAAUUAAUCACUCUAAGUUAAUUCAAGUCACACAUCGUUUUUAUGCAGCAUACCUUUUGUUUAUUUCACUUUUUAGUUAUGGUAAUCUGAUAACCAAAGCUUUGUACUUUUUCUGAUGAUAUUUCAUGUCUUAUUUUAAAGCACCAGCCUGUUUUAAAAUAUAAGUCAAUAGAACAGUCUGUUUCCCUAAUGCGUACACAAAAAUAUGUAUUUUAUCAACGCAAAGUAUGUUUGAGAUUGAUGUCCCAUUCUUUUUAGCCUGCUUUGCACUGUAAAAAACAGUAGGAAGCUUCUUAUAACCACACUGCUAUUCUGUUCCUCAUGAUGCAUUCUCCCUUUUCACAUUUGACCUAUUAUCAGAAGCUUAAUUAUAAUAUCUAUUUAAAAUAUAAGUAUAUAAAGGGGAUACCACUGUAGCACAUUACUCUUACACAGGCUACAUUAGUGAAAUCACUAUUUUUAUACGUAGAAUCUUUCCACAGCACUGCAAGAGCGGUAUUUUUACUGCUUCUCACUAUAUACAGCAGAAAAGCCUACUGAAAUCACUAUUUCAAACAUCAGGAACAUCUCAUUGAAAUUUGGCAGGCACCAAAAAUAUCAGUAAAGUAUGUAAUCUGUUUUAUUCCUAUAAAAAGACACAUUAGGCUUGUAAUGUGAUUCUAACUACUAGCAAGCUAAACAUUUUUGUUAUUCAAAUAACAGUCCAUAAAAAAUAUAAUAAAUUGGGUGUAUAACCUGAGCUUAAGCAAUGGAAGGAAUCUGGCCCUGGUCUGUUCCUAAUUUCAGCACUGAAGUAGCUAAUGUUAGAGCAAGGGAAUGGAGAAUCUAUGUUUCUAUAGCAUAGCAUUUCUCUGGAAAGGACUAAAAGCUUUAAACCAUUGCUCCUGCUUCAAUCUGAGGCUGCUCUAGAGGUUGUCAGUCCCCUAUAUGAUUUUACAAGACUUGGCAAACAGCAUCUACGUUAGAGCAAUCUCCCUGGGCUGCUGCUUAUGCCACUGUCAUUCUUGGUCUGUAUCUUGAGCCCUUGCCACAGAUACCAGCCACUUUUCCUGAGCUCAUGCCUGAGGUCAGUAGUACACCACCUGUGCUGAGUUCUUUUGGGCACAAUGUACCUUUCAGGGCUUGUGUCAGGGCAAUCUAGCAACAACUGGAGCCAAGGGUUUUCAUCUUCUCAUGUGGUAAAGAGAGGCUGGACUUAGGAUCAGGCUUAUCUAAUGAAUUCCACAGUCUGAUUGUUUUAUUUUCCUGUAUUAACUACUGUAUAGAUGAUCCAAUUCAAACAAUAAAUAAAUAAAAGCAGAGCAAGAGAA